AUGGUCUGUACCAUGUAUGGACCCAGUACUACGGAGCUGGCAGCCUUACUCUCGUCCUUGCAGCAGCAGUCUACACUGUCUUCCAUGCCGAUGCCGGCUUUUAUCCCGGUGCAGGCUUCACAGGAUCCGCUAUCAGUAUCCCUGAGCCAGAUUGUGCCUUACGCCGAUUGCAACUGGCGAACAGACGAGGUGGCCUUUGUUGCCACCGGAAAGGACGAGGCUGACUCAGAAAAGACACAGGCCCUGGCUUGCGAAGUACCUUCGCUGGUGAGGCAGGCGGCUAAAGGGAACCUUGAAGAGGUGCGAAAUCUGCUUGAUGGUGGUGAGGACCCGGACAUAACGGAUGAUCUCGGCCUGACAGCUCUUCAUGGAGCAGCGAAAAAGGGCCAUUCCAAGAUUGUUGCGCUGCUGCUUGCACGCGGUGCUCGCGUGAAUCCAGCUGCGGCAAAGUGGAAAGGAGAGACGCCUCUACACUACGCAUGCAAGUAUGGACAUGCCAAGAUUCUGCAGAUGCUGCUUUCGUCUGGAGCAGACCCAGCUGUGCUGACCCAGGAGGGCCGUUCCGCCCUGGACUUUGCGAAGGAGAAAAGGCACCUGAACUGCGUCGACCUGCUCUGUGGAGCCACGAGCCAGUCUUACACCGUGCGCCUAUAA